UUUGUGGUUGUGAGAGAGAGAGGUGAAGAAAAGAGUGAAGCUUUGAAAAUGGAGAAGUACUUUGGAAACGCGUACAGAGGUGACCCAGGAGUCCCCCAUGUGAGUGCAGACCUGUUCGUGAAUAUCUGGAUAGGGUGUGCUGCUUUCUCUGUACUCGCCUGGUUCAACCCUUACAUGUGGCAGCUCUCCAACCAAUUCAAUUGGCAUGACAGAGCAAUGAUACUCAAACACUACCAUUGGAAGAAAGCAAAGGCAAAGAAUCAACCAUUUAAGUUUAAGUGGAAUGAGAUGGACAAGGAUUUCAGGGACUCGUACUACUACGAUUGGCCUGUCUACUUUCCUUAGUUCUUUCUUGUGUAGGUAUGCUCUUUGACAAGUAGUUUGCACAAAUUUUACUUCACCUACUCAAAAGUUUGCCCAUCUUUA